AUGUUCUACAGCCCACAGUCCUCUGGUUUGAUUGCUGGUGUUAUUGCAGAGAGUGGACCUCGUGCACCCCAUGAUCCUAUCACCGGAUCUGUUGCCACAAGCUACCGGACCAAGGAGCAUGCUCUUUCUACUGGUAUUGACUUUGUGUCAAAUAAACUCAAUGUUUCGUCCAUUUCAGAGGCACGGAAAGUCUCAACAGCAAACCUGACAUCUUGGAGCCAACUCAAUGAUACCAUAUUCGAUGGGACGCAGUUUGAAAAUGUGACCAACUUCUCCGAGCCACCACUAUGGCGUCCUGUUGUCGAUGGCUAUGUCCUGCCCUACACAUAUUGGGAAGCUCUAAUCAAUAAUCGCCAUGCAAAUGUGCCCAUUCUGGCGGGUAACAACAAAGAUGAAACAGGAGCAUCGCCUGACCCAGGCUAUACGGUGAGCACUUAUAAAGGUAACUACAGUGAAAUGUACACCAAUCUUUCUACUCGCUAUUUUGAACAAUACCCUGCGAGCACUUAUUACGAAGCCAACAAUCAGAGCAACCUCAUGUGGCAAGACUUCAGUCGGAUCUCAACCUGGCAGUUUGCAUUGAAUAUGGCAGCUGGUGGAAGUGAUCAGCCGGUUUGGACUUAUUACUGGACUCAUUCACCACCUGGUCAGGAUCUUGGGGCAUUUCACGGAAGUGAGAUGUAUUACGUCUUCAACAAUAUUCCAUACAAUUAUCCUAACAUGCCUUGGACCACCGAUGACUAUGAAAUCCAGUCCCAGAUGACACAGUAUUGGGCCAACUUCAUCAAAACUGGCAACCCGAAUGGCGGCAAUCUUACCAAGUGGGUACCAAGCAAGGAAUCCUACAAGGGUAUGUGGCUGGGAGACACUUGGGGCUCGGGGACAAUUGGUGAAUCCUCUCACGUCUCUUUGAUCACCGAUUUUUUCUCGUAUCAACAGCCAUAUUGA